GGGCGGACUGUUAUGGGUCCUCUGUGUAGUUCCUUGUCCACGUCGGUCUGGAUCAGAAUGAGUGGAUAAAAACAGUCAACGAUAAGCGAUCAAGAGACCAGUAGAAACAGCUUCCCCAGAUAUUCUCCAAAACAUGCCCCUGCCAGAUUUUCUUACCGCUUUCUAAGAGAACGGAGCCCCUUCAGAGGAUCUCAGGAUGUCUUGGCUUGUCGAUCUUGCUGGGAAGGCAGAGAACUUCCUCAAUAAAGUGGACCAGGGUGCAGCCAGCGCUUUGACAAAAAACUCUCAGAUGUCUUCCCUGUCCUACAACAGCCCUGAUACCACAGAUUCGAUCCAGUACGACUCUGCAGCUCACAGCUCCACCCAACAGCACAGGGACUCCAUCUCCUCCUCAACCCAUGGAGCUUCACCUUUCAUCUCCACAGCUGCUGGGAACAUAAAGAAAUCCAAUGCCACGGUUUUGGCCGGUACAGCUAAUGUCUCCAGCACCAUGCCGUUGGGUUCUAGCAGCAAGGUAUCAUCCAACUUUGUGCGACCCAAAAAGCCAGAAGUGAACGAUGAUUUGCUCUUUGACUUCUUGAAUAGUUCAGACCCGCCACAGAGUGAAAGAAAGGAGGUCAGAAGAGAAAUGGUGUCUAAAGUUUUGGGUCCAACAGUUGGGCCAGCUCCGACCCAGAUGUCCCCUAUUUCUGUGACCGGCGACCCCUCUGUUGCUGCAACCCCAUCCUCCUCUCAGGGCCUGUCCAGAAAUUCCAGCCUCGGCUCUCUCUCGAACAGUUCACACAGCGUUAAAACCGAGGAUGGCUCCACUCGAGACCAAAGCCAAGCUGAUGUUCAGGAGAAUUUGAACCCAGCGGUGCAUGUUCCCACAGAGGUCCAGCCAGCACCGGAGAUCUCACCUCAAGAGCUCCAGCAGCAGGGCCAAGAGCAGGUGAUCUCCAACCUUCGUCUCGAGAACCAGCUUUUACGCAAUGAAGUCUCUUCUCUCAACCAGGAAAUGGCCUCUCUGAUCCAAAAAGCCAAAAACAUGCAAGAGGAGGUGAACCUUGCCAGGGCUCGUGCUGAAAAGUGGAACUCGGACCACUCUCGCGUUGAUCGCACUGUUCGAGAGCUGAGGGCACAGGUUGAUGACCUCACAGAAGCCCUGUCUGCAAAAGAUGGUCAGCUGGCGGUCCUUAAAGUACGACUGGACGAGGCAGAUCAGCUACUGAAGGCCCGAAACUCCGCCCUGGAGGAAGUUCAGAAUGAGAGGAUCAGGAUUCUUCAGGAUCACAGUGAGGGAAGCAGUCUUCAGUCUCAGAAUUUACAGACACUACACGACAGAAUAAGAGACGCAGAAGCGGCAGUGAAGAGAGAACAGGAGAGCUACAGGCAGAUACAGAGUGAGUUUGCAGCACGACUGGCAAAGGUGGAGAGCGAGCGUCAGCAAUUGGCGGAGUCAUUAACAAACGCAGAGCGUCGGGUGACCGAAGAGAAACAGAGAGCUGAGGAACUACUUCAACAGGUCAAGAGCGCCCGAUCCGCAGCAGAGUACACCAAACAGGAGCUGCAGGACUACAAAAACAAAGCUUCACGCAUCUUACAGUCUAAGGAGAAGCUGAUCAGCAGUCUGAAGGAGGGCUCAGGUCUGGAGGUGCUGGAGGGGGCUGGGGCUGGGGUUGAACUCGAAGAGCUCCGUCAUGAGAAAGAGCUGCAAAGAGAAGAGAUUCAAAAUCUACAGGCCCAAAUACAGAGCUUGCGAACAGAGAUACAGGAUCUGGAAACCCAAGCACUCACAGAGUCAGAAAACUGGAGAGAACAGCUGGCAGAAGUACAGGAACAACAUGCCCAGCAGAUCAGAGCCAAACAGGAAAUGGAGGCAGAACUGGAGAGAUCCAAACAGGAACUGCAGUACAUUGAGGAAGAGCAUCAUCGCACUAAAACCACCCUUCAGGGUCGCGUCAAAGACAGAGAAGAUGAGAUCCAAAAGCUUAGAAACCAGCUGACCAAUAAGGCUCUGAGCAACAGCGGUCAGGCGGAGCUGGAGGGCCGUUUGCACCAGCUGACAGAGACACUGAUUCAGAAGCAGACCAUGUUAGAAGCCCUGGGCACAGAGAAAAACUCCCUGGUCUUUCAGCUGGAGAGGCUGGAACAGCAACUAAAGAGCCUGCAAGGUGGUCAGAACAGCAGCUCACACAUCAGCAUGGCUGCCAUGGAGGGACCAGGUGCUAGGCAGAGGAACACACCAAUACUCUUUAAUGAUGCAGACGGACCGGGUACAGGAGUGUAUGGGAAGGUUCGUGAAGCGGCCAGCACCAUCGACCGCUUCAGUAUACGUCUAGGAAUCUUUCUCAGACGUUACCCUAUAGCCAGGGUUUUUGUUAUUAUUUAUAUGGCACUACUACACCUUUGGGUGCUGAUUGUCCUUUUGACAUACACACCAGAGAUGCAUCAAACUCAUCCUGAUGGGAGAAAGGCCCGUGUCUUUAAUCAAGGGUUAGAUCCGGAUCGGCUCAUCAUGUCGUCCUGGCUGGGAGGGUUAGGCUCUGGCCUGGGGCAGAGUUUGGGGCAGGUCGGGGGAAGCUUGUCUUCUUUUACCGGACAGAUCUCAAAUUUUACCAAAGAUAUUCUACUGGAAAGCGCCGAGGAAGUGGAAGACGCUGCCUCUGAGCUGCAGGUGUCCAGCUCUAGAUUGCAGGAACUGGAGACUUUAUAUGCAGCACAAAAAUCAGAGUAUGAGCGCUUGCGGAGAAUAAACUCUGAGUUGGAGGAGAAGCUAGAGGCGGCAGAGAUUCAGGUCAAACAGCAGUCAGUGGAAUACAGAACCCUCCUGCAACAGAAAGAGGUGGAGAUCAGUCACCUCAAGGCCCGUCAGAGUGGUCUGCAGGAGGAGAUUCAGAAACUCCAACAUUCCGCUCAGGCUGUAGCAUUCUCCUCCGAUUCUGCUGCUGUACUUCCUAUAACCACUGCUGCCACUACUACUACUUCGUCUUCCUUUCUGCACCGUUCUUCAGCUGUCCAUCAAGGCUUCCAUGGUGAUGAGGUGGACCUCAGUGAUGUCCUGUGGUCACAGCAGGAAAUUAACCGUCUUUCCAAUGAGGUGCAUCGUCUAGAAGCUGAUGUAGCCCACUGGAGGAGAGUUGCACAGGCAUCCAAGCUACCAGGAGUUGAUGGUAACGGACACCAAGGUGAAGUUGUGAAAAUGCAAAGAAUGAUCAAGGAGCUGAGAGAGGAAAUGGCACGGGAGGUGGAUGAGCACCAGCAUGAACUGGCAGCAUUGCAGGAUGCCCAGAGGGUGAAAAUGGCUGAAAUCUCAAAACGGCACAGACAGGAGCUGGCAGAGUAUGAGGAAAGAAUUGAGGAGCUUGAGGAGCAGCUUCAAAGUGAAGGUGGAAAUGUUGCCCAAAAAUCAACCACUGUACAAGACUCCGCCAAACUUCAGGAAUUGCAAUCGAUCAUACAGUCUUUACAGGAGGAGGCUGAGCUUCAGCGCAAACAGCACAGAGAUCUGUUGGCCAGCUUGGAGGAGGCAGAGCAUCAGAAGACCAAGCUAGAGAGGGAAAAGGAGGAGGCUGCCGUAGAAAAUACAGAAUUGUUGCAGAAUUACAGUCGCCUUCAGAAGUCUGUAAACGAACUCCAGGCACGAGUACAGGAACAGGAGGGGAAGUCCAUGCUGAAAACCCAGCAUGAAAAUGAAAUACAAACCCUGAAAAAAGCUCUGGCAGGUGCAGAGAAAGAGAUGGCUAGAUUGAGGACUCUCAGUGAGAGCAGUCCUACAGAAGAGGUAGAACAUGCUGACAUCCUGGAGCUCAACACCAUCGUUGAUACUCUCAGGAAAGAGAAGGAAGAGCUGGAGAGAGAAAAGCUUGCAUUAGUUGAGAGACUGACUCUGGCCAAGGAGAGACACGAGGGUUUAGAGUCAGAAAGUGCUGUGGAACUAUCCCAGGAAGUUUCCGACCUAAAAAGCCAGCUGCAUCAACGGGAGCAAGCACUAAAGCAAGCACAUCUUGAUAUAGAGACACUCAGUGCUGAACUGGAAGAACUGGACAGGCAAAACCAGGAAGCCACACAGCAUUUUAUUACAGUCAAGGAACAGCUGUCCUUGCAGAAAACCCAGGCUGAUGCUGAAAAAGCCCAUCUUCAGUCAGAUCUCAACUCCUCUCUUGACCAGAGACGGACUCUUCAACUGGAACUGGAAGCUCAGGGGGAGAAGCUAAGUCAAAGUGCUUUCUCCUUGAAUGAACUGCACAUGGCAAAGCAGCAACUGGAAACCACGGUAAAGGAGCUGAGGGAAAAGUUGUGCAAGUCACAGGAUCUGGGCAAAGAGCUGAGGCAGGAGACCUCUGAACUCAAGAGGACGCUUCAGGAGAGAGAAUCAGAACUUACUGCACUUUGUGAGAAGUUAACUCAUUCUGGGGAGCAAGGGAAUGAGUUCGAGGAACACAGGAAGGUACUUGAUGCAAGGGAUGAAGAGAUCCAGGGCUUGAGAGCAGAGUUAGCAGAAGUAAAGUCCUCCUACGAGAGGGCCAUUUCAGAGGACUUUGAAUUGAAAAUUGAAAAUAGGAAGUUAAAAGAAGAGUGCACUCAGACUUUGGAGAAGAUUGACAGUUUGGAAAGGCAGAUCCAAGAUGGUCAAGCCUCUCUAAGCAGGAUUUCCCUGGAGAAAGAUACUCGCAUUGAAGCCUUGAAAUUAGAGAAGAGCCAGUUAGAAUCUGAGCUAAGUAGGACUGAGAAGCGACUAUCAGAUCAGACCAAGCAGUAUCAACAAACCAUCGAUGAACUGACCAGAGCACGCUCUAUGGAUGCUUCUGCACUGCAGACGGAACAUGAGCGAAUGGUGAAACUGAAUCAGGAAAAAGAUCUUUUAAUAGCAGAGCUCAGGCGUGAGAUGGAGCAGAUGGUCUCUGACCACAAAGACACCAGUGAGAUGCUAGACAUCACUGUGGCAGGCCAAAAUCAACUCACAGAGCUUCUGCAGGAAAAGGAUGAAUUUGCCGAAACCCUAAAAGCUCAAGCUGCAGAAACAAAACAGGAAUUAGAGCACAAGUUCUUUGGCGCAACUCAGGAAUGUGACUCUCUGAGAAGGUCAGUGGAGGAGAAAGACAAACAGCUUGGAGUCAUGAAGGAAGAAAACAGCCAUCUAAAAGAAGAGAUUGACCGUCUGAGGGACCAACAAAGCAGACCGCAGUUAUUGUCAGAGCCGCGGACACUGGACAUCAUCACAGAGCUUGAGACUGAGGUGGCCCAGCUCAAAGCUGCCAGAGAUCAACUUGAAAAAGAGGUCCAAUCUUUGAGGAAGGUAUCAGAGGAACAGCAGGCCACACAAGGACAGAGUCAUAUACGGUCCGUAGAAAUCUUACAGGAAGACAAGACCCAGUCACUGAAUGGCGAAAACGGUAAUGAGAAACAUGACCUUUCAAAGGUUGAGAUUGAGAAACUUGUGAAAGGAAUCAGUGAGAAAGAGACUGAGAUUAACCAAUUAAAUGAGAAAAACCUGUCUCUAACCAAGCAGCUCGACCAACUUGUGGUCUCCCAGAAUGAACUGGGAAAGCUCUCGCAGAUGGUGCUUCAAAAAGAUUUAGAAAUCCAGGCGCUCCACGCUCGUGUGGCUGGUGGCCAUGGUCAAGAUGUGGUGUUCCUGCAGCAGCAGUUGCAGGCAUAUGCGGUGGAACGUGAACAAGUGUUGGCCGUGCUCAACGAGAAAACGAGAGAAAACAGCCAGCUACGCUCAGACUACCAUCGCAUUAUGGACAUUGUUGCAUCCAAGGAAGCCGCCUUGUUGAAGCUCCAGCAAGAAAACCAGCGGCUCUCCACAAUGAGCGAUCCUUCAGGCAGUCAAGAGAUGUUUCGAGAGACCAUUCAGAACCUUUCCCGCAUCAUUCGUGAGAAGGACAUUGAGAUUGACGCCUUGACUCAGAAAUGUCAGACCCUGGUCACUGUCCUCCAGGAAUCUGGUGGCGGCAAUUCUGUUAGUGGUGGCUCCGGGGGUGUCAGCAGUAACCAGUUUGAGGAGCUCCUACAAGAACGUGACAGUCUCAAACAGCAAGUGAAGAAGAUGGAGGAGUGGAAGCAGCAGGUGAUCACGACUGUGAGGAACAUGCAGCAUGAAUCUGCUCAGCUACAAGAGGAGCUGCUCAAGCUCCAGGGGCAGGUUUCUGCAGAUAGUGACUGCAGCUCACAGCUCUCGGUGGAUUACACCAGACUUAUUCAGAGCUAUGAGCAGAAAGAGAAAAGACUGGGAUUUUUGAGUCAAGAGCUGGCACAGGUGCAGCAGACCAUCAGCCAGCUGAGCAGUACUAAAGAUGUCCUGCUUGGGAAGCUCGGCAAUGUCAAGCACUCUCCAGAAGCUUCUGCUACCCAGGCUUUUGCCCCUCCAAACCUGAAGGGGGCAGCACCUCCUGGCCAAGAUGAGAGCCUUCAUCAGGAGUUGCAGUCAAUGCAGAGAAUUUUAGCAGAGAAGGAGAGCAUAAUAAGAAUUCUGCAGGAAAACAAUCAUCGCUUGUCAAAUUCUGCAUCUCUGUCUGAAAGUGAUCAGAGAAGCCAUGCAGAGGAGCUCAAGCAGGCCCGAGAGAAGCAAGAAUCGCUACAGCGCUCCCUCAGAGAGAAAGAUCUUCUCAUUAAGACCAAGGGAGACCAACUCAGUCAGGUGAGUGAAAAUUUACGUAAUCGCGAAAACGACAAUGAGGUCUUGAAGCAGGCUGUGACAAACCUGAAGGAGCGUGCGUUGAUCCUGGAACUCGACGUGAAGAAGCUAAAAGAGGAGAAUGAAGCGAUAGCAGCAAAAGCUCGUGAGAAAGAGACAGAGUUCCGUGCCCUUCAGGAGACCAACAUGCAAGUGUCACUGCUGCUUCGGGAACGAGAGUUUCAGUUCAGUGCUGUGAAUGAGAAGGCUUCUGCCAUUGAGAAGAUGCUAAAAGAUAAAGAGCAGGGUAAAUCUGGUGAGCUGAACCAAUUGUUGAAUGAAGUUAAGUCCAUGCAGGAGAAGGCAGUGUUGUUUCAGCAAGAAAGAGAUCAAGUGAUGAUGGCUCUCAAACAAAAACAAAUGGAGACAUCCGCUCUUCAGAGUGAGCUGCAACACACACGCGAUAAAGAGCAGCGUCUGAAGCAGGAGGUGGAGCGUUUACGCAAUCACCUGUUAGAGAUUGAGGAUUCGUACACUCGUGAGGCUUUGGCAGCUGAGGACAGAGAGGGAGAGCUGAGACGCAGAGUGGCACUCCUGGAGGAGCGGUUAGCAUCUUCCUCCAAUGCCGUGGAGAGCGCAAGUCAGCAGGCUAGCCUGCAGGUCGAGUCUCUUCAGGAGCAACUGAACGGAGCAGUCAGACAGAGAGAUGAAGCGCUCAUUCAGCUCCGUGCUGCUCAGGAUCAGAUCAACCAGUAUGCGGUGUCCCUCUCGAACCUGCAGAUGGUGCUAGAACAAUUUCAACAAGAAGAAAAGGCCAUGUACUCAGCAGAACUGGAAAAACACAAGAGAGAGAAAGAAGAGUGGAGAACUAAAGCAGAAAGUCUUCAGGAUCAGGCGGCCUCUCUGCAAAUAAACCUGGAUGAAGCAACCGCAGCUCUAGAGUCUGCCUCCCGCCUCACUGACCAGCUGGACCUCAAAGAGGAACAGAUUGAAGAUCUGAAGAAACAAGUGGAUGUGAGACAGGAGAUGUUGGAAGAGGCUCAGAGAAAACUGAUGAACCUCGUGAACAGCACCGAAGGCAAAGUGGACAAGGUUCUGAUGAAGAAUCUUUACCUGGGCUAUUUUCAUACCCCCCGAAACAAGCGCUCUGAGGUGCUGAGGCUUAUGGGUAAUGUGCUUGGUUUGGACCGAGAUGAGGUGACAGAGUUGUUACAGGAAGAGGGCAAGAGUGGGAUGACUGGAUGGGUCUCGAGUUGGCUAGGAGGCAGAGCUGUUCAGAGUGUACCCAACACUCCCCAAAGGCCUACACAUGCACAGAACCUCAAUUCGUCCUUCUCUGAGAUGUUUGUGAAGUUCCUGGAGGUGGAGUCUACUCCUGCUCUUCCUGCCCCUAAAUUGCCCGUUUAUGACAUCAAGCCACUGAGUGCGCCCCCACCUGGCCGGAGUACAGCAAGCACACCUGCAUCAGGUGUUUCAGGUCCAGGUAAGCGCACCGGGGAUUCAAACCCCUUCCUGGCACCCCGGUCUGCAGCCGUACCCCUCCUCAAUCCUGCAGGUGCAGGCAGCACUACAGGUUCUGGGGGCCACCUGCUUAUGAAGCCCAUCUCAGCCGCACUGCCCACCUUUACACCUGUACCUGUGUCGGCUGAAGCAAGCGGUGGAGCUGUGCUGAAAGAUUUACUCAAGCAGUGAUAUCAGCCACCUGUACUGCCACUCAAAGCACUUUAGCUUAUCAGGCCACUACGUUCCAGCAGAUGGAAACAGAAAACUGGGCCAUGUCAUGGAUUCAAAUAUUUACUAAAACGGCUGAUUGCCAUUGGAAUAAAAAAAACAGAUAAAGCAUCUAAGGGGCUGCCUGUGCUUGUUAAAUUGGACUAAACUGUGGCCUAAGUUUGACAGAAUCGGUUUGCAAACUGGGGAAGAUUAUAUUAUCGAAUAUUCUUGUGACCUUCUCCCAACAUUUAUUUGAUGUUGUGCAAACACCGAGCUUGUAAUUUUCAGACAAAGAGAGGUGUUUAAUGUUUUUCUAUUGUGUUGAGAGACUGUCUGAUGCUGUCUGGCAUCAACUGCACAAAUGGAUUAUUAAGUCUUUUUCUCUUCUGCAAAAACGCUACAGAUAGUCUUUCAUCCUCACGUUUUGAGUGUUAUGAAUGGUUGAAUGUAUAGUAUGACAGGUGCAAUACCAGUUAAUCAAGAAGUGACAUUUGAUCUUGGAUUUAGACUGCGGCUCAUGCUCCUAUGCAGUACAAGUGUGCAGUUAUUUAUUUGUACAUCAGUUAUAUUUUUCACUGUUUAUGCAGUGGGCAUAAGCUAAAAAAUGUAUCUGCAAUAUUCAGACCUUUCUAAGGUAGAAAGACACAUUGUGUAUAUACAGUUUGGAAAGCAUUCACACAUAAAGGAAGAUGAAAGGAUUAAAGUGGAAAUUCGGUCUAAAAAUGACCUGUAUAUAUAACAAUUGUUUAAUAAACCUCUAUAAUAAACAUUAUUAUAACAGAGGACACCUAAUUCAAUGGGUUCCAACCAAAUAUUUAAAAAUAGCAUUUCCUUGAGGUCUAAUAUGAAGACUUUUUUUUUUUUUUUUAGAGAGAAAAUGGCCUUAGUAAUUCUCUUUUGUUAUACCUUAAUUAAAAGUUGGGUGCACUUGAUUUAUAUAGAUUUAGGGUACAUUUAUACAUUUUAGGGUAUAUAUUUUGCUCUGGUGUUUAUUUAAAGUGGAUCAGUCUUUUUGAAGUUUGAAAGACCGCUCAUGAAAGUGAUAGUCAACAACAGUAUUUCUCUUUUCUACUGAAUAAACUAUUCUCUCACAUGCA